GAUUUGGUGUGAAGAACCAUGGAGAGCUUGUGAGACACCAACAUCAUCCUCUCUCUCACACACACAAACACACACACACACACACACACACACAACUGGGGCAGAACUAGCGAAAGCACGCGCGCACACAUACAGGGACCGACAGACAGACACACGCACGCACACCAAACACACACAGCUGUAGAAACAGCAGCAGUAUAGCGCGAGGCUGCGGGCGUGUACCGUGCGAACAGGGAAGCGCACGGCACGGGGACCCGCCGCCGGAAACAGGGAGCAACAGCAGCAGCGCGAGCUCAGGAGAAGGGCACCGGAAGACUACUGGGGGAACACGACACACAACCGCGAGGAAAAAGGAGUAGCACGCACCUGCGGCGGGGUGUAAACGCACCGAUAACUCCACGGUACCGAUCCCCCACACUUCCGCGUUAAAAUGGCCGAGCAAGGCAAUAGCGACGGAGAGGGAGCGGAGAACGCGCGCGGCUUCGCCCGCCAGGGAGCCCUCCGUCAGAAGAACGUUCACGAGGUGAAGGACCACAAGUUUAUCGCACGCUUCUUCAAGCAACCCACGUUCUGCAGCCACUGCACCGAUUUCAUCUGGGGCUUCGGCAAGCAGGGCUUCCAGUGCCAAGGUGAGAGCUGUCUUCAUGGUAACCACUGUAGUCAUGGUAACAGUCUAGACACACACACACACUCCAUGCUCUCUGCUACAGCUGUGACAAACUUGAUGUCAAUUGGCCUGUUCUUCCUGCACUCUAAAGGCAUCGUUUACCGGGACCUGAAGCUUGAUAACGUCAUGCUCGACUCGGAGGGCCACAUCAAGAUAGCAGACUUUGGGAUGUGUAAGGAGAACAUGCUGGAUGGCGUCACCACCAAGACCUUCUGUGGAACACCCGACUACAUCGCUCCGGAGAUCAUAGCAUACCAGCCGUACGGGAGGUCAGUGGACUGGUGGGCCUUUGGAGUACUGCUCUACGAGAUGCUGGCAGGACAGCCCCCUUUUGAUGGUGAGGAUGAGGAUGAACUGUUCCAGUCCAUCAUGGAGCAUCAUGUCUCCUACCCCAAGUCCCUCUCCAAGGAAGCUGUCGCCAUCUGCAAGGGGCUGAUGACCAAGCACCCAGGGAAGCGUCUGGGCUGCGGUCCUGAGGGCGAGAGGGACAUCAGGGACCAGGCCUUCUUCAGGUACAUGGACUGGGCCAAGCUGCAGAACAUGGAGGUGCAGCCGCCCUUCAAACCCAAAGCUUGCGGACGUGACGCUGAGAACUUUGAUCGUUUUUUCACGCGCCACCCCCCCGUCCUGACCCCCCCCGACCAGGAAGUCAUCCAGAACCUGGACCAGGAAGAGUUCCAGGGCUUCUCAUUCGUUAACCCAGAAUACCCCGACAUGGACUGACCAAUCAUAGGGCUGUAUUCACUCCUAAUCCCUCCCCCACCACUUUCCCUAAACCAAUCAUCUCAUAUCCUCUAUCCAUGUAGCUGGUAGGAGGAGUCUGGAUAACUCCGCCCCCAGCCACCAGCAGCCAACCACAGCCUCAUGUGUGUACAGAGUUGGGCCAGUGAAAUCACCAGACGUUGAAUAUUUUGAUGAUAGAAUGUCCAAACAGCGACACUGAGCAGAACGGACCUGUUGACUCUAGUUUAGACCGGUAUAGACCAGUAUAGAAACAAUUAUAGACCAGUUUAGACCAGUAAUGAAUCCAUUCUCCACCAUGAGGCUGUGGAUCAACUCCUUGUUUGCUGGCCCUUAAAAUGCAUCCUUCCUACUUAACUUCCUGUGAAAUACCUUGUCAUGUGACAGCUGUGUAAAAGACCACAUGGUCUCUGGUCAAUCAGGGUGAAUUAUAACAUCUCCUCAAGGAAGGGAGGAGGAAGGAAGGAAGGAAAGGAGAGAACAUUUCUCCAAACAGGGUAAUCAGUACUUAAUAACAUUGAUUGAUUUGUUUCAAUCAGGAUGACCUCAUAAUGUUCUGGGACCAAAACUGAUACACAAACAUUCCACCUGUCAAUAUAAGUUUGUUGUAGUGUUGAGGAUGUUAUGAUCAUGUUGAUAUCUACCUUGUUAUGGCCAGUCAACCAUACAGAACUGUGUUUACACUGAGUUCAAAGCCUACUGGCAACUCUAGUUCACACACACACACACACACAGAGAACUCACACACACACACACACACACAGAGAACUCACACACAGAGAACUCACACACACACAGAGAACUCACACACACACGCACACACACACACACACACAGAGAACUCACACACGCACACACAGAACUCACUCGCUUACACACACACCUCACACUUGUUCUCCACUUGUAAGAGUGCUGUAACUGUUAAACUGUGCCAAAGUGGUGGAGGGAGACUGCUGUCUGGAUUGAGACACAGCCCUGGCUCCAGCGGUUGAUGAGGGGGCAUCUCAUAUCUCUGCCGACGCGCCCUCUCACCCCUGCUGUUAUCUCUUGCUCUCCUUCAUUGUAGGCCUCACUCUCUUCUACUAUGAUGAUGAUGACGAUGAUGAUGAAGACUGAUUCCUGUAUUUUCCGGCAAAUUGGAAGUGUGUGUGUGUCAACUGGUAGCUGGGGGGGGGGGGGGGGGAGGAGGUGGCGGAUUCAUAUUAAUAUUAUACUGACGUUCAUGUGUCAAAUUUCUGUGUCAGUUUAUCUGUGGGGACUACACUGGAUGAUUGAGAGGAUGAUGAUGGUUAGGAUGAUGAUGGUGUGGAGGAGGAAGCUGGCUAGUUGGUAAUUCUAUAUCCAGAUGUACCUAUAUGUUAUCAAGCUGGUGAAGAUGGUGAAGACCACCAUAGAUAAUAUUACAGUUUUGGUAUGGGUGGGAGAGAGUAUGACAAAGAUAUUAUGGGAUGUUGUAUUGAUAGAGAUGUAUGAAGUUCUAGAAGUGUAUGACAUUCUAGAAGUGUAUGAUUCUAGAAGUGUAUGACAUUCUAGAAGUGUAUGAUCCCAGAGGUGUAACUGUAAUUGUCUUAGAGAUUAUACUCACUGGUGCCUACUGUCUAAGAUA